UCCAUAUGUUAAAGACAGAAAAAGAAACCAAGGCCACCGUAAACAAAAAUAAGGAAGUGUAUAAUGUAUAUCCACGCUAUCACCUCUGAGCUGAAUUCUUAUCUUGACUCCUAAAUCGUUAUUAUGAUGUGAUAUAUUUUCUUUGUUACAACCAACUCUAGCUAUGGAGGGCUCCAAGUCGUCGAGCACAACCAUGCAGGUGAGCUUCGUGUGUCAGCGGUGCUCACAGCCGCUCAAACUGGACACGUCCUUCAAGGUGCUCGACAGAGUCACCAUCCAGGAGCUCAUCGCCCCGCUGGUCACCGUGACCCCCAGCAAACAGGCUGACAGCAGCGAGGGGGACACACAGCCAGAGGAGACAUUUGUGGAAAACAAGCAAGAUGGUGUGUCGAGGAAAUACAUCCCUCCUGCACGGUCAGAUACCCAGAUUAUUCAUUUUCAUUAUCAGAUGAUGUCAACGGAAAGCGCCAACAGUUUCACCCUGAUUGGAGAUGCCUCUGAUGGGGGCACCAUGGAGAACCUCAGUCGUAGACUCAAGGUGACGAGUGAUCUGUUUGACAUCAUGUCGGGCCAGACGGAUGUGGAUCAUCCUCUGUGCGAGGAGUGCACUGACACGCUGCUGGACCACCUGGACACACAACUCAACAUCACAGAGAACGAGUGCCAGAAUUACAAGCAGUGUUUGGAGCUGCUGUCAUCCCUACAAGUGGAGGAAGAAGAGACGUUGCUGAAAGAGCUACAGCAGUUGAAUGAGGAAGAAGAUACCCUGGUCAAAGAGCUGGAGGCUGUGGAGGAGCAGAGAGCGGCUGUGGCCCAGGACUUGUCCCAGACCAGGACCCAGUCCCAGCAGCUGGACAAGGAGGAGCUACAGUACCAGAAGGAGUACAGCGAGUUUAAACGGCAGCAGCUGGAGCUGGACGAUGAGCUGAAGAGUGUUGAUAACCAGAUGCGUUACUGCCAGAUUCAGCUUGAUCGCCUGAAGAAGACUAAUGUUUUCAAUGCCACGUUUCACAUCUGGCACAGCGGUCAGUUUGGUACCAUCAACAACUUCCGUCUGGGUCGACUUCCCAGCGUCCCCGUGGAGUGGAACGAGAUCAACGCAGCGUGGGGGCAGACGGUGCUGCUGCUGCACGCUCUGGCUAACAAAAUGGGUCUGAGAUUCCAGAGAUAUCGCCUUGUUCCAUACGGAAACCACUCGUAUUUAGAGUCACUGACAGACAAGUCAAAGGAACUUCCGCUGUACUGCUCAGGCGGUCUGAGGUUCUUCUGGGAUAAUAAGUUUGAUCACGCCAUGGUGGCCUUCCUGGAUUGUGUCCAGCAGUUCAAAGAGGAGGUGGAAAAGGGAGACACUGGUUUCUGCCUACCCUACAGGAUGGAUGUGGAGAAGGGGAAGAUUGAGGACACCGGUGGCAGCGGUGGUUCCUACUCCAUCAAAACCCAGUUUAACUCUGAAGAGCAGUGGACCAAGGCGCUGAAGUUUAUGCUCACCAAUCUGAAGUGGGGGCUUGCCUGGGUAACCUCUCAGUUCUACAACAGAUAAACAUCCUGGACUUUACACUCCUCAUACACACAUUCACCCUCAGCUGCGUAGCAGAGAUAGAAAUUGUUCCUGAAUUAUUAUUUUCUUAUCAAGAAUAAUGAGUCCAUCUGAUCAGCUGCAGCAUUUUCCGUAUAAAGUAUAAAGGACACAUUUAUUCAGAUACAGCUGUUAGUCCAUGUUGUAGGAUGUAUGGUUACCUGCUGAUAAAUGUUCUUUUUAAAUCUCAGGAUUUGAUCAGGAUGUCAGAUUAAAAUUGUAACACCUAUUCGUGCUCAUAUUAUAACAAAACUAUUAAUGCUAAAUAAACUCUUUAUGCUGUAAACUCAAA